CCGGGACAGCCCGGAGGUGGCAUCAGUCUUGAUGUGGAAAGGCCCUCCUCCUUUCAAUCCCUACAAAGUGGGCGAGAGAGGUACUAGGAUGGAUAGCACUGGUGGAUACCUAGUGUUAGCCCUUUUCACAGCAGAAGAAAGGAAUACUUAGAAGAGAUGCCAGAGCCACAAAAAAAACUCUCAGCGUGGGCCACAGGACCCUUUGUCACAAGGAGCAAUGCUGCCCCGAUGGGAACUGUCUUUUUACCUGUUUGCUUCCCUAGGCUUCCACUUCUAUUCUUUCUAUGAAGUUUACAAAGUCUCCAGAGAACAUGAAGAGGAACUGGACCAAGAAUUUGAGCUGGAGACUGACACUUUAUUUGGAGGAUUAAAGAAGGACCCAACUGACUUUGAGUGGAGCUUCUGGAUGGAGUGGGGCAAGCAGCGGCUGGUGUGGCUUCUCCUUGGCCACGUGGGUGUGUCUCAAGUAGCCAACCUGCUUGCAAGGAAGCACAAACCCUGGAUCCUCACAGCCUAUGGGAUGUGGGCCUGCUGGUGUGUGCUGGGGACCCAAGGCACAGCCAUGGUUCUUAUUCACACCACCAUCUCCUUCUGUGUUGCCCAGUUCCGGUCGCUGUUCCUGUCAUGGCUCUGUUCUCUCUUCCUGCUCUCUACACUGAGGCUUCAAGAUGUGGAGGAAGUUAAGAGAGGGUGGUACCAGACGGAAAAUGAGUACUACUUGCUGCAGUUCACACUGACCGUUCGCUGCCUGUACUACACCAGCUUCAGCCUGGAGCUCUGCUGGCAGCAGCCGCCGGCUGAGCACACCUUCUGCUCCUUUCCCUGGAUGGUGGCCUAUGUCUUCUACUACCCAGUCUUCCACAACGGGCCCAUCCUCAGCUUCCCAGAGUUCAUCGCACAGAUGCAGCCGCAGGAGCAGGGCUCGCCAAAGGCCAGCCUUUCCAUCCUUGCCCUGGGGCUGGGCCGCCUCCUCUCCUGUUGGUGGCUGGCGGAGCUGAUGAUUCAUCUUAUGUACAUGCACGCCAUCUACAGCAGCACCUCCCUCCUGAGGGCCGUCUCAUGUUGGACCUUAGGAGGACUGGCGUUGGCCCAAGUGCUCUUCUUCUAUGUGAAGUACUUGGUGCUCUUUGGUGUCCCAGCUCUGCUCAUGCGCCUGGAUGGACUCACGCCACCGCCCCUCCCUCGCUGUGUCAGCACCAUGUUCAGUUUCACGGGGAUGUGGAGGUAUUUUGACGUUGGACUGCAUGAUUUCUUAGUUAGAACUGAUUGUAUGAAGUGGAGUAUAGCCUCAUGGAGCUCCAUGAUGGGUCAGUGGUUACCUUCAUGCAGGUAUGUGUACAUUCCAGCGGGCGGGUCCCAGCACGGCCUGCUAGGGACACUGUUUUCCACUGCGAUGACAUUUGCGUUUGUGAGCUUCUGGCAUGGUGGGAAUGACUACCUCUGGUGCUGGGCAACACUCAACUGGCUGGGAGUCACCGUGGAGAGCGGAGUCCAGAGGCUUGUGCAGGCGCCGCAUGUCCAGGACAGCUUGGCCCAGUUCCUCUCCCCGCAAGCUCGCCGUCGACUCCAUGCUGCCCUUGCAUCUUGUUCCACCUCCAUGCUGAUCCUGUCCAACCUGGUGUUUCUUGGGGGCAGUCAAGUCGGGAAAAUCUACUGGAAUAGGAUCUUCAUACAAGGCUGGCCGUGUGUGACCCUCUCUGUCCUGGGAUUCCUGUACUGCUACUCCCAUGUGGGCAUUGCCUGGGCCCAGACAUACUCCAUGAACUAACGGCACUGGGCCCUGGUCAGCCCUUUUUGCUGGCUUCCAAGAGAAAUAGUGCUUCACCCUGACCUUGCACCUCAAGGUAACCUUCAGGGGACCAGUGCCUGAUCUGCUCAUCUUUUGUUGAAGUUACCUCACUCCAAGACUGGAAGCUCGAGCUCUCAUAACUUUGGGGACUUAGAGAUCAUCUUCCCAGCCCAAUCAUUUUCCUGUUGAGUAAGCUGGGGUCCAAAGCAGUAAAAUGUCUUGCCUAGCUGCACAGGGUGACAUUGUGAUCCAGAAUCCAGUCCCAAGGGCCCUUUGGGUUCUUUCUCCUUUACCAAGAAUGAAAUGUAAUAGACAUUUCUUGACUGAGGUGUAGGAAUUCUGAUUAGUGAUAGGCCUGUCCUCCACUGGGCAGUAUUUCUGAAACAUGUUGGGUCAGUGGCAUUUGAGUGUCCCCUUCCCCAUGUCCUGCAGUGUAGUCUGUAGAACCAGCACUGGCUUUAGCUUCACACUGUAGCUCCUCAGCAGGGAGGUGACAAAGCCACAGCUGUGUUUCUAAUUACCGGGUCAGAGAAGACUGAAUAUGUUCUGUGGCAUUGCAAGGAGCCAGUACCCAAGGAGAGCUGUAUACUUGAGCUGCAUCAGGGUGAUCUACAUUUGGCUGCUUCUUCCCUAGAUUUGCAGAGAAGUAUAAACAUGGCAGUUCCUCUACCUGACAGUUAACUGUUUCCCAAUAAAGAAGCAGAAUUAGGGCUUCCCUGGUGGCGCAGUGGUUGAGAGUCCGCCUGCCGAUGCAGGGGACACGGGUUCGUGCCCCGGUCCGGGAGGAUCCCACAUGCCGCGGAGCGGCUGGGCCCGUGAGCCAUGGCCGCUG